UAAAAUUUUUUUUAUAUCUUGUGAUAGAGUAAGACAUAGGCUACUUCUUAUCCCGAUCAAUAAACAUAUCCCGAUCACGGACGAAGUCGCGGGUAAACAUUUGUAUUGUAUAGUGUAAGUGUUUAAUACACUUGAAUAAAUACAGUUAAAUAAGAAAAUAAUAGAAAGGUAAGACAUUUUCGAAUUUUAAUUCACGAAAUAAAUAAAUUAAUUGAAUGUUAAUGUGAAACUUAAUACAUCGUUAAUGAACAUUCAGUUUUAUCGUGACACCUUCCAAAUAAACGUAAUUUCUACUAAACAGUUUUAGUAUUAGCAUCGUGCUUCUUGAGACAAAAGAAAUAAAUUUAAAAUCUUCAGCAUAAAAAUAAUGAAGCUAUUAUUAGCAAUUAAUGUAUUUUUAUCAAGCAUCUUAAUCACAAACGCAGCGAGAAUUCUAGCUGUUUUUGUAGCGCCAGCGACGAGCCAUCAAAUAGUUUUCCGCUCUUUAACACUCGAAUUGGCGAGACGAGGACACGAAUUAGUUGUCAUCACACCAAGUCCUGUUUUCCGAAAGGGCCAAGCACCGGAAAACUAUACAGAAAUUGAUGUAACACAAAAAUCCCGUGAGGGAUGGAAGAAGAAACCUACACCUGCGGGCAUUAGCAAGGAUUCAGAUGCUAAAGUAGUAUUAAGAAAUCAUAUUGGUGUUAUUAAUAAAUUGUUCUAUGAAUAUUUGGAGUUAGAAGAUGUGAAUGAAAUUAUAAAAGAUCAAAACACUAAAUUCGAUUUGUUGAUCUUAGAGGGAUGGUUCAGACCGAGUAUAGCGUUUGCAUACAAAUUUGACGUACCAAUUAUUAGGUUCAACUCAUUCGGUUCAGGAUUCUCUGUAUAUGAAGAUAUGGGUGCAUUUCAACAUCCAGUAUUAAAUCCAAACAUGUUCAACCCGAAACCUAAUGAUCACACAUUUUGGGGUAGAAUUACUACAUUGUAUGAUAAUUAUAUUUAUACUAAUAUGCAUAAGAGUAAGGACAAUGAAAACGAUGUACUUUUGCGUAAACAUUUCGGUGCAAAUAUUCCUAGUAUUAACGAAUUGAAUAUGAAAGUAGAUAUUUUGCUAGUAGAUGUGCAUCGUGCCUGGGAAAUGUUUAUACCAACGCCACCUAAUUUAAUACAUGUGGGUGGUAUUCAUAUAAAUAUAGAAAGAGAACUGCCAAAGGUGAGAUAAAAUUUUGCUGUUUUUCUUGAAUGAUUUACAACUUACAACUUAAUGGUAUGUACUCAUA